CCAUCAUGGAUCANGGAGACCAAGGCGGAGGCCAUGAGGGCUUCAUCAAGAGAACCAGACUCUCGCGGCGCNCCUGCUACUGACUACAGUGCGAACAUGGCACAGUUUGUGCACAAUCGCCGGCCGCAAUACAAAGGAACCAUGGGAUUCGAGAUGGAAAGACCGAGUGCUAGUUACGUGAUAGACGUGAGUUUGUGCUCGGCGUCUGUUCAGAUAGACGGUGUAAUUAAGAGCUGUAUGUUGACUCGAAUCGUANNGAUGCUCCUACCACCAGCCCGCAGAGGCAAUGCAGUAGAUUCAGUGCCGGCUAGACAUCUGCAUUCAUCCUUGAACAAGAUGCGCCAUCCUGUCAACGUGGUCAAAUGGACGCCGGAGGGAAGGCGUCUGCUCACUGGAUCGACCAGCGGUGAAUUCACUCUGUGGAAUGGAACGGCAUUCAACUUCGAGACGAUCAUGCAGGCUCAUGAUAGUGCGGUACGAGCAGUGGCAUAUUCACAUAGCAACGACUGGCUUAUCUCCGCCGAACAAGCUGGCAUCGUCAAAUACUGGCAACCAAACUUCAACAACGUCAAGUCUUUGCAAGCGCACAACGACCCCGUUCGAGAUCUGGCGUUUGCACCCACCGAUACCAAGUUCGUGACGGCUGCGGACGAUGCUCACCUCAAAAUCUUCGAUUUCGCCGGCGGCAUGGAAGAACUGGUCUUGGAAGGUCAUCAGUGGGACGCUAAAUGCGUUGACUGGCAUCCUACCAAAGGACUGUUGGUUUCCGGCUCAAAAGAUCAUCAAAUCAAGCUAUGGGACCCUCGAAACGGACGGUGCCUAACCACACUACAUGGCCACAAGAACACCGUGAGCAAGACACUCUUUGAACCGACAAAUGGCGUGCUACUGGCUUCUUGUGCUCGUGAUUCUACUGCUAGAGUUUUUGACAUACGUAUGAUGAGAGACGUCUUCUUAUUGCGUGGUCACGAGAAGGACAUCAGCACACUUGCUUGGCACCCAAUUCAUUCAAACUUCUUGACAACCGGAGGUGCUGACGGCGCAAUGCAUCAUUAUCUGCUAGACGAGCAGAACCUCCCCGCUGGUUCAGCGCCUACGCUUUCACCAUACGACGCGCCAGAGAACUCGGAUGCGCCUGCUCAAACGAUAUAUCCUGCACAUCGCGUCUCCUACGCCCACGACUUUGCCAUUUGGAGUCUUGACUGGCAUCCUCUUGGUCACAUUCUGGCUUCUGGAUCCAACGAUAGAGCGACGAGAUUCUGGUCAAGGCCGAGACCCGGAGACAGCACGUACAAGGACGAUCGUUGGCAUAUUGGUCAGACAGCAGCAGAAGCCCAAGGGACGUGGAAGCGUACAACAGACCGUACAACUAGAGAUGAGGAGGAGGAACUUGAAGACGAGGCAGAUGGUCUUGUCGAUCAACAGAUGCCAGCCCGACAAAACAUGCUGCCUGGCCUUGCUGGUCUUCCUGGUAUUUCUGCACCAAGACCGGCAUUCCCAGAUGGAACCAGCACUGGAGGAGCACAGCCGUUACCCAUGCCAGGUAUGGGCAGCAACGGGCUACCUUUCCCAGGUGGGCCACCGAUGCUUGGAGGCCAAGGCCUGCCGUUCUCAUUACCGCAUGGCGGCGCACCACCACCACUACCUGGGAACAUGGACAUCGAGAAACUCAAGCAGAUGUUUGGUGGGCAACUACCUCCCAUGCCUCCACCAGGUGCACAGCAAGGAUUUCCACCACCUCCACCGCCUGGAUUCCCAGGUGGGCAAGGUCUUCCACCACCCCCAAUGCCUUUCCCAGGCUUUGCUGGAGCUCCGCCUAUGCCUCCUCCAGGAUUUCCAGGGUUCCCAUCGGGUAACGCACCUCCUGAUUUACACGGACAGAACAGGAGGAGGGCACCUCUGCCGAGUCAGAGUGAGAGCUUGCAAGAGGAGAUUAGAAGAGGAAAAUACCCCAGGGCGAGGUGA